GUUAUCGCCAGUUAUCGUCAUCACCGCCCAUUACCAAUCGCGUGAACCCAUUUGUCGACCUGGGGUCAGUAAAUAAUAGAAGAAAAAAAAGAGAGAAAGAGUUGCACACCACCACCAUCAAAGCCCAGUAGUAAACUUGUCUUUGUCUUUCCUCCCACAAACCAGUCAACGUGUUAUAUUUUCCCAUCUAUUCCAUUCACCUAACUACACAUAACGACAACUAUCUGUUAUCGCAUACCAUAGGCCGACGCCGUGUUAUGUUCACAUUUGCUCUAUCGUCCCUUCGCCACCGUUAGCGUCUCCGUACCUGUCACUUCCGGCUUUCUCAAUCAAAGUACAUAGCUUUAGGGGUCUAGCGGUGACCGGAUUCUCUCAGCGAACACGAGCCCAGCCCAGCUCAGCUCAGCUCUUUCCUUCUGCGAUCGAUAUUUACUUUCACGACAUAGCUUCGGUGUCGCACCAUCACAUACAUCCCUUCUACUGCCUAGAGAAGGCUAGUCCGGACAAAAUACACAUACACACGAUCAAUCAUGGACCGAGGUAGUGAUUCCGCGUUAUUUGACGCCUUACAAGGCAUCUUGCCCGAGCAGACCCUCACCCUCAUCCAAGCCCACAUGCAGGACCCACAGACCGCCCUCCGAGCCAUAUGGCAACAAACCACUACCCUCACACAAAAAGCAACCGCAACACUCUCUCCCGUUCUCGCGCCCCUCGUCCAGCGCGGCAUGCAAGCCCUACACGACUCGCCCGACCUAGUCGUCCUCGCCUUCGUGCUAGCCGCUUUCGUGCUUGUCAUCCAGGUGAUAUCGUUCGUACACCGCACCAUGAUGUACGUGACGCGUUUAGCAUUCCGGCUCAUGGGCUGGGCUCUAUUCUUUGCCCUGCUAGCCUUCGUCUGUCGUCGGGGCCCUGAAGCCACAAUCCGGGACGUAGUUGUCUUUGUUAGCAAGCUGGCUGGCUACGCGUCCCUCGUCAAGGAUAUCUGGUGGUCCGAAUACCAGAAGUUCGAUGCUCAGACCAAGCGCGGUGGAGCCCCUGCUGGGACUAGGGGAGCACCUUCAGGAGGUUACACCAGGUCGAGCAAUAGUGCUUGGUGAUGGUUUGGGACUGGGUUAGUGCUACGCGCGUGACUGAAAAUAAAAAGGGGUUAGGGCAUCUCGUCGUUUAAUGUCUUAUCACGGCUUGGGAAUGAGUUAUGACUAUGAAUUGCUUUUUUUUCUUUUUUUGUACAGAAUGAAUAAACAGCAUGACAGUAUGUGCCA